UGUACUGUUGUACAUCUACCCAUUUCAGCUGGUCUGGUCUGAGCUGCUUCUCUUGGCUGGCCUUGUGUCUGACAAGUGCAGGACAGUGGACAGGCCAAGCAAAAAGAAAAUCUAGGCAGUGUUCUCCUAGCUGAAGGACUGAUUGGAAAUCUUAGCUUUUCCAGUGUUACCCAUGGCUUCAUUCAGCGAUUAAAGGCACAUAGUGGAUCAGUGAAGCAGGAAGCAGCAGAGGUGCUGCUAUCAACACAAGCAGCAUGGCUCAGACCAAAAGACACAUGUAUAGCCGGGUGGUCACCAGUAGCAGCAGCAGGAUGAGUACAGAGGGCAACAGCAAGCCCCUUAAGGUGGGCUCCCGUGUAGAAGUCAUCGGAAAGGGACAUCGAGGUACUGUAGCCUAUGUUGGAGCAACCAUGUUUGCAAGUGGAAAGUGGGUAGGUGUGAUCCUAGAUGAAGCAAAAGGAAAGAAUGAUGGGACAGUACAAGGACGCAGGUACUUUACCUGUGAAGAGAAUCACGGCAUCUUCGUACGGCAGUCUCAGAUUCAGUCAGUGGAAGAUGGUGCAGAUACGACUUCACCUGAAACUCCAGAACCAUCAGCUGCCAAGGUCCCUAAAAGAGAAGCAGCAGAAACUCUCAAGACAAGCAAGCUGACAACAACAAGGCGUACCAAGCCCACACGACCUUCUAGUUCUGCUGCUUCCAGUGGGACAGGAGGUCCUUCUGGCUCUGCUUCGGCCUCAACAGGAGAACUGAGUAGCAGUGAACCCAGCACACCAGCUCAAACUCCUCUCGCUGCACCAGCCAUUCCUUCUCCAGCAAUUGGGCUAACCUCACCUGUUGCACCACCUCCUCUGCUGUCUCCCAGUAAGGAGGAAGAGAAUCUUCGGAAUCAGGUGAAGGACUUGGAAGAAAAACUUGAAACCUUGAAGGUUAAAAGAAGUGAGGAUAAGGCUAAACUCAAAGAGCUAGAGAAAUGCAAAAUCCAGCUGGAACAGCUCCAAGAGUGGAAAAUCAAAAUGCAGGAGCAGCAGACAGACCUGCAGCGGCAGUUGAAGGAGGCCAGGAAGGAGGCUAAAGAUGCCUUAGAAGCAAAAGAGCACUACAUGGAGGAGAUGGCGGAUACUGCAGAUGCAAUUGAAAUGGCAACGCUAGACAAAGAAAUGGCAGAAGAAAGGGCAGAGUCUCUGCAGCAGGAGGUCGACUCUCUGAAAGAGAAAGUGGAGGAGCUGACCAUGGACCUGGAGAUACUCAAGCAUGAGAUUGAGGAAAAAGGGUCUGAUGGAGCAGCAUCCAGUUACCAGGUUAAACAAUUAGAGGAACAGAAUGCCCGAUUAAAGGAAGCUCUUGUCAGAAUGCGUGACCUGUCUGCCUCUGAAAAGCAGGAACAUGUGAAACUUCAGAAGCUGACGGAGAAGAAGAACACUGACCUGGACACUCUUCGCCAGCAGAAGGACAAGCUGCUGGAGGAAAUGAAGCAAGCAGAGAAGACCAUUGAUGAGCUUAAAGAGCAGGUUGAUGCUGCUCUUGGUGCAGAAGAGAUGGUUGAGACCCUAACAGAAAGGAACUUAAAUCUAGAAGAAAAAGUACGAGAUCUCCAAGAAUCUGUCAGUGACCUGGAAGCUAUAAAUGAGAUGAAUGAUGAACUGCAGGAGAGUGCACGAGAAACCGAGCUGGAGUUACGGGAACAGGUAGAGAUGGCUCACAUGGCAGUUCGUAAUGCAGAGAAGCGUGUAGAGGCAGCUGAGGAAACUGUGGCCGAUUAUCAGCAGACAAUUAAGAAGUACAGAGAGCUGACUGCACACUUACAGGAGGUAAACGUGCAGCUAAUGAGCCAGCAAGAGGCAUCAGCAGAGAAACAGCAACAAGACCAGCAACAGCCUCCACCUGAAAUGUUCAACUUCAAGAUCAAGUUUGCUGAGACCAAAGCUCACGCAAAGGCAAUUGAAAUGGAACUGCGUAAAAUGGAAGUCUUGCAAGCUAGUCGCCACAUUUCCUUGCUGACAUCGUUCAUGCCUGAAAGUUUCCUGCGGCAUGGAGGGGAUCACGAUUCCUUACUCGUUCUCCUGCUUAUCCCAAGGCUCAUUUGCAAGGCAGAACUGAUUAGCAGACAAGCCCAGGAGAAAUUUGAACUUAGCGAGGACUCUGGGAAACAGAGCGGUCUGCGAGGAGCAGUAGGAGAGCAGCUGAGCUUUGCUGCUGGACUAGUGUAUUCUUUGACCCUACUACAGACGGUCCUUCAUAAAUAUGAACAAGCCAUGAACAAAUGCAGUGUAGAAGUCUAUAAGAAAAUGGGGACUCUGUAUGCAGAAAUGAGUGUUCAUGAAAGAUCACUAGACAGCCUGAUUGAGCUUCUUCGCAAAGACCAAUUGGAUGAGACUGUCAAUGUACUUCCUUUGACCAAAGCUAUUAAAUACUAUCAGCACUUGUAUAGUAUCCAUUUGGUUGACCAGCCUGAGGACUGCACUUUACAGCUGGCUGACCACAUCAAGUUUACCCAGAGUGCCUUAGACUGCAUGGCCAUUGAGGUGGGCAGACUGCGGUCCUUCUUACAGGUUGGACAGGAGGCAUCGGACUUAGCUAUACUGCUGAAAGAUCUGGAAACCUCUUGCAGUGACAUUCGGCAGUUUUGUAAGAAGAUCCGACGCCGUAUGCCUGGAACAGAUGCUCCUGGAAUACCUUCUGCACUUCACUUUACACAACAGGUGUCUGACACACUGAUGGACUGUCGCAAGCACCUUACAUGGGUGGUGGCUGUGCUGCAGGAGGUGGCAGCAUCGGGGGGACAGAUGAUUGCACCUUUAACAGAGAAUGAGGGAUUAUCACCACUGAAGCUGGAAGACCUUGCUUUCAAGGCUGUAGAGAAGAUCUAUUGCUCCCAGGGCAUCAGUCCCUAUGACUGUUUGAGACAGUCGUGUAAUAUCCUCAUUGCCACAAUGAACAAGAUGGCAACUGCUAUGCAAGAAGGCGAGUACGAUUCAGAAAAGCCGCAGAUGAAGCCUCCUCUUCCUGUAGAGAUAAGAUCAGCAGCUGUGCGAGCUGAAAUUACUGAUGCUGAAGGUCUUGGUCUAAAACUGGAGGACAGAGAGACUGUCAUCAAAGAGCUGAAAAAAUCUCUCAAAAUCAAGGGAGAAGAAUUGAGUGAGGCAAAUGUGCGGCUCAGCCUCCUAGAAAAGAAGCUUGACACAUCCUCCAAAGAUGCUGAUGAAAGAGUGGAGAAGAUUCAGAUUAAACUGGAUGAGAUCCAGGGUCUGCUGAAGAAAAAAGAGAAAGAGUUUGAAGAAACUAUGGAUGCCCUUCAAGCAGACAUUGACCAGUUAGAGGCUGAAAAGGCCGAGUUGAAACAACGCCUCAGCAGCCAAUCUAGACGUACCAUUGAAGAACUUCGUUUGAUUCCUGCCUCUGGUGUGGCUUCCAUUGUCAGUGGUAUCACUGCAGAAGAACAACAGAUAGGUGUGGGUUCGAUUCAAGUCAGUGGCAGUGGCUUAGGACCUGUCCAGGUGAAGGACUCUCCUCUUCUUCUACAGCAGAUUGAGACACUGCGGUUCUCUGUUAAACACUUGAAAAAUCAAAACAAUUACAUGAAGAUUGCUCAGAUGAAUGCUGACCUUAGCAAGUUACCUCCAUUGCAUGUUCCAAAAUUGCCACCUUUAAAGAGGGAAGGACGGCUACCAGAAAUUGCACCAGGUGCCCUCUACAGAAAGACAAACCAAUUGUUGGAGAUGCUACAUCAGAUGAGUGCCUCAACCAAGGUGGUUGAUAUAACCCAUAAAAAAACAGGGAGCCCUUCGGUACAGUUAAUGGAGCAGACAGCCAGACUGAAGGCACUUAGUGAAUCUAUUGAGAAGUUACAGGGUGAAGUAAUGAGAGACACAGUAAUACAGCGUGAAGGUGCAGGUGUGCCUUGUGAUUUUACCACUUUCCCAUCUCCAGAAUUUGUAAAGGCUAAAGAAGAAAAGAAGGAUGAUACCAUCUACAUAGGGAAAGUGCAGAUCUCAUGCCAGCCUGGACAGGGACAGCUUCAUCAACUUGUUCUGACCCAAGACCAACUAUGUCAGCUGCACAGCCGUCUCAUCUCCUAGAAGCAUCAAGCCUUCCUUGUCUGCAACAUCUUCAGUCUCUGCUGCUACUUUUACAAAAAUGGCAGAUACUUCUGUCUUAAGGGGGAGGAGGAAAGGUACUGUGUUAUGGUCCCUUGUGAGUUAACCUGGGCUUAAGUCACUCAGUGCACUUAAAUAAAAUGGAAACUUUAUGCUGCUGUCUCCCCCCCCCCCCCCAGACUGAAUUUAAUUGUUUACACCAAAAAUCACAGUUCAGUAAGGUUCGACAAUUUUGCCUAUUCUCUAUGUUGCGGGACAUGGUCAUUCUUUGUUGCCUUUUAAAAAUGGAUUUUGGGACACUUCUCAUGUCUCCUCAAGAACUAAAUGCAGUCAAACUGAAAUCUCAUUUCAGGAACUGUUUGUAUUCGUGAAUAUCAGGUAAAUUUGUUUCUGAUUUGACACUGUAGGUCUGCUGUUAAUAUAUGUAAGAAACUGUUCUUGUAAACGGUGGAUAUACUUCCUCCCCAGAAUAAUGUAGUUUAAGCAGCAGUUAGAUUCUUGAGUUGCCAUGGAGAACUGCUUUUAAGUUAAGUAUAGUGUGUGUGUGGCCUAGCAUUGUGUUUGAGUAUGCCAAAAAACACUGUAAUCCACUAAGCUGCAACAGUUUGGAUUGGUGCAAACACUGUUCAUUCUUUCAGGUUUGGAAAGACUGGCAUAGCAUGCAGGUUUUCUGGAACUCUAAACUUUAGUUGUGUCACCAGCUCCUCCAGCUCUUAGUUACUGAUGAAAUUAGGAUACGUAAUUUUUUCUCCUAAUAAAUGCACUUCUCACUUUUUAGAGCAGGAGGAAAGGCCUGGGACAUGGGAGUGGCAUCUUGCUGUGAAGCCUAGCAGUUGUGCUAUUCUUUUUCCAUCUGACUAAAGGCAGGUUUCUUCCCCACAAUGUGGUACAAUAAUUGGUGUAAGGAUUCCUUGACACUUGAAGGGAGUAAACAUGUUAGGUUUUAUAAGUAGCCAAUUGUCUCCUCAAGGUCUUUUUCCAAUGUUGUGCUUUUAAUUAAGCCACUAAAUCCAGCCAGGAAGGCUAGUGUGUGUGUACUGACUCUAAUGUUUAAGAUGAUUGAAUUCAGAAGCAAACCACAUUUUUGUAUUCAGAAAUACGAAACAAGUUACAAGAUUGUUACAUUUUCCUACUUGCAUCUUAGCUGUCUUGUUUAGGGAGUGGAUUGAAAUUCAGACAACAUGCAUCAUUUUGAAGUUGCACAGGGUUAUUUUAAUAUCCAUUUUCUUUCUUCCACUGUUGGCAUAAUUAAUGUUCUGCCAAGUGGGUAAAAAGGUCAUAGAUGUCAUUGAAUUAAUAACAGAGCUAAUUCUUGAAGGAAAAAAGCUGUUGGAUUUACUUACAGGCCACUCUACAGUAGGUAUAAUAGAGCAAAAUCUAUGACCACAAAUGAUUUAUUAACAUAACUCUUCUGGGGAAAAGUGUUGUAGAUUAAUGGUUAGCACAUACCUGGGGAAAAUUGUUGUAGAUUAAUGGUUAGCAAAUACCAGUGUUUGUGCCUCACACUGCUUGGUUCUUGGUUGUGGUAAGUUCUGUAAAGACUCUCCAUGUUCUUCCACUGUCCACGUGCAUUUUACCAGGUGUUUUUUGUUUCGUUCCAAAGGGCAUGCUGUAGGUAAACUGUCAGUCCUUGAGAUUUCCAGUAGUUGUGCUUGCCUCCUUUGAUAAGCUGACACAUUGUCCAAUAUUAAUUUCUCAGCUUUGUUACUACUGAAUGUCAAAGGUGUCUGCUACAGCCUAACCUUGAAUUGAAUUAAGUUGGUACUCAAAACAUGAUGAAAUGCAUGCAUUGUAUUUUGACAGAUGUGUGAAUUCAAAGUGCUUUACAAUUUUUACAUGGUGCAAAGCACAUAGGUUCAUAGGUAAGUACUAGGCUAGCAGCCUUUUUAGGCCAUUUUAACACUAGCCAAUUUCCGUUGGUGAGAAUCAAACCUUGUACCUCUUGUUUGCGAGAUAAGCACCUUAACCAUUAUGAUUACUUGGGUUUACCCCUGCCCCAAAGUACAGUGACCCUUGGGUUGAUUUUUUUAAAAGCUGGGCGUGCAGAAGGUGAAACUCCAGAAGUUUACCUCUGCAUGGGAAGAUUUAUUUUGAAAAACAUGUCAACCACAUAUAUUAGCACUUUUAAUCAAAUUGGUUUUGAUUUCUUAACAUGGAUCCCCAACAUGUCACAUAAAUGUGGAUAUCCAUGCACUGUUUUAUUUCUGUUACAUAUAAUAGAGUAAAAACUGCCUUCCUUUUAAUUUUUGACAUUAGGGCCAACCUUUGUAGUAUGCAGAAUGGGUGUUUAUAAAAGUCCAAACCUUUGAAAUAGGGACAUAAUUUCCAUGGGGUGCAUAAAGCAUUACAAAUCCUGGAGUGUCGCUUAGGUGCUACUAGGCGUGUAUGCAGUCAAGGGCCAGUCCUGUUUGAUGCAGUUUUCCUUAACAUUUUAGCCACAUAACUUGGAUUUAACUUGAAGCACUAGUCACAUGACUAACAUAUAGUCAUUUGGUACAUUUCUUCUACUUUAUUUCUGGUUUGCUGUCAGCUCUCCAGAGUUUUUAUGUCUAUUAAAACAAGGCAUCCUUCUGAAUCCUGUGUGGUUUUUGAAUUUGUACUCCCAUGUGCAGGCAACAGUAUAUACAGGUAUCAGCAUAUGUAUCUUUAUAUUAUUAUGCAUCUGUUUGAAUAUAAAAUAUUAAACAUUAACCAAUAAACUCUUA